GCUUCCUGGGCGCUCGCGUGGUGGUCCUGGAGAAGAGGGACGCCUUCUCCAGGAACAACGUGCUCCACCUCUGGCCCUUCGCCAUCCACGACCUGCGCGGGCUGGGCGCCAAGAAGUUCUACGUUCUGCGCCGGCUCCAUCGACCACAUCAGUAUUCGGCAACUUCAGCUGGUUCUGCUCAAGGUGGCGCUGUUGCUCGGCGUCCAAGUUCACGUCAACGUGGAGUUCAAGCGCGUGCUGGAGCCGCCGCUCGACCAGCGACUCCGCAAGGUGGGCUGGACGCUGGAGGCGUGGCCAAAGUCUCACCUUGUCAAUCGGCUGCAGUUCGACGUCAUCGUGGGAGCGGACGGUCGCGGGAACGCCUUGCCCGGUUUUCGGCGCAAGGAGUUCCGCGGCAAGCUGGCCAUCGCCAUCACGGCCAAUUUCAAAAACCGAAACACUCGCGCCGAGGCCAAAGUGGAGGAGAUCAGCGGCGUGGCGUCCAUCUUCAACCAGCAGUUCUUCCAGGACCUGCGCCGGCAAACCGGCAUCGACCUGGAGAACCUGGUGUACUACAAAGACGACACGCACUACUUUGUCAUGACCGCCAAGAAACGCUGCCUGCUGGACAAGCGGGUCAUCUUGCAGGACUUUGCGGACAGCGAGCCGCUCCUCUCUCGGGGCAACGUGGACCAGCGGGCGUUGCAGGCCUUCGCCCGCGCGGCCGCCGACUUCUCCACCAAGGGCCAGCUGCCGUCCCUGGACUUUGCCAUCAACCACCGCGGCCGGCCCGACGUGGCCGUGUUUGACUUCACGUCCGCGCACGCGUCGGAGAACGCCGCCGUGGUCCGGAUACGCCGAGGGUACCGGCUGCUGGUGGCGCUGGUGGGGGACAGCUUGCUGGAGCCCUUCUGGCCAAUGGGAACGGGCGUGGCUCGCGGCUUCCUGGCCGCCCUCGACGCGUCUUGGAUGGUGCGGCGAUGGUGCCAAGGAGAUUUGCCUCUGGACAUCCUCGCUGAGAGAGAGAGCGUGUACCGUUUGUUGGCUCAGACCACGCCGGAAAACAUGCAGAAAAACCUUUCCCUGUACUCCUUGGACCCGUCCAGCCGCUACGUCAACGUCUGUCCGAGCGUCACGUCCGACCAAGUGAGACACUUGAUCGACACGGGAGAGGAGACGCAAACGGCCGACGCCCUCGAAGCGCCGGCGCGGACGGCGGAGUCGCUGUCCGAGUCCAACCAGCUCCUGGCGUGGUGUCGCCAGCGGACGGCGGGCUACCGGGGCGUCGCCGUCAGCGACCUGACCGCGUCGUGGAAGAGCGGCGCGGCCCUGUGCGCCCUGCUUCACAGCUGCAGGCCCCAGCUGCUAGACUUCGACUCCCUCGACCCGGCGGCGGAGGAAGAAAACGUUCGCUUGGCCUUCGACGUGUGCGAGCGAGAAUUGGGAAUUUCGCCCCUGAUGACGGUGGAAGAGAUGACGUCCGCGGGAGAACCCGACGCGCUGUCCAUGGUCGUCUACCUCAGCCAGCUCUACCAGGUGCUCCGAGAUGCCCCGCCCUCUUUGGGUUCGCUGUCCCAGAGUUCGGAGGUCAGAGCCGCCCUGGUGACCCCGGCCUCCCUCCUCAGCAGACUCGGACUCAGCCCGUCGCGUCGGCAAAGGUCAAAGGAGAAGAAGAGGACGCGCAGCGAACGGCGGCGCCGAGACCAGCGGCGGUCGUGGGACCCGGCGCCGGACCGCGUCAUGGCAAAGGCCCCCGGCUCCCGAGUGCGUUCCGUGGCCCUCCUGCUGCAGGCCAAGCUGCGUCACGGCUCUCCUCCUCCCGAGAGUCGGCGUACGCCGGCCUGGCGCCGGGACGUUGGCUUCGACCGGGAAGUCGCCGACGGCGACGAUCCUACGGCGUGCGUCAGCGACGUGUGUUUCUUCUGCCACCAAAAAGUUUACGCCAUGGAGCGUCUGAGCGCCGAAGGUCUUUUCUUCCACCGGAGCUGCUUCGUAUGCCACGCGUGUCGCGGCUCGCUCAGAAUUGCCGCCUACCGAUUCCACGCUGCCAGCGGGAAGUUUUCAUGUGCGCACCACUGCGAGUCGUCCACGAGCGCCAGUCCAUCUGCAAAGAAACCAACAAAGCAGUUGAUGACGGCGCGCGACCCAACGCCGGCCCGGCGGACCUCUUGCACGUCGCCGCUGUCGUCUGCAGACUCUCCAGUCUCCGUGGCAACAGAGUGUCGCCGUUCGUCAGGAUUUUCAGUGACGCGAGAGCGAAUCGACCUGGAGAACGACAACGCGGAGGCCGAAGAGACAGUGGAGGAGAUCUCGGAGGAGAUCUUGACCUGCUUCAACCUCAGCACAGACAACGAUGACCGCACUUCCGGUUCCGAGGCCCCGUCCGAGACGGAGGCCGAGACUUGGGCCCCGCGGACGACCGAGGCGGCCUGGGAGAGAGCGCGACGUCGCCGCCUGCGGCCGAUGGCCGGUGAGUCGGACGAAGAGGAAGAUGAGACGGCCAGCGAGGAAGAAUCCAGUGACGAUUGGGGCGAGACUCCGGCCCUCCUCGGCACGCCCUCCACCGCCUCCUUCGUGAGCGAGGUCGACUCCGCCUCCUCCGCCUGCUCCCCCUCCCGUCUUGAGAACGAAGCCCCGCCCACCCGGGCGCUCGUCGGCAAGGAAAGCUCCGGAGCCGGAGAAGCUCGGCCGUCUCCGGGCCGCCUCCCGCCGCGAGAGGAGCAUGUUGAGGGGGCGGGGCCAGAAGAAGCCAGAGAGCGCCGCCGACGGCUCCGAGCCCCGCGCUUCUGGCGAGCGCGAGGAGGCGGGGCCGGGGCUCUGUGGAAGGCCGUGUUUUCCGGGAACGGGCCCGAGAGGAGACGCGCCGACCGACGAGCAGAGGCACCCGACGUCGUCCGUACGAUGGACGAAAGUGACGCGAGCUGGUCAACGGCGCGGCGCAGAUGCUCACUGGAGCCCAGGAAUGACCUGCGUUUGGAGACCGCCGACCUCACGGCUCAGCUGGAGCGACUUUGCGUCAAAGAGCAGGACGCGGCGCCGCACCCCCCCGCCUACGUCCCUCACGCGCUGGCCUUUAAGCCAGCGUUUCUCAGCGGCAAGGUAGAAACGCGCGCACGCCGACCGGCGCGCCGUCGCCGAAGCCCACGUCUCGUUCUCCUCUCAGUUUUGAGGCUGCACCGAGCUCAGCUGAUCCAGAGGCAACUGCAGCUGGUGGAGGAGGAGCAGCGACGUCUGGAGGCCAGAGGGGUCGCGCUGGAGAGGAGUCUCAGAGGACAACAGCGAGGAGCUUGCGGCGACGAGAGCAACGGCCUCAUGCAGCUUUGGUUCGGCUUGGUCCAGCAGAAGAACAUCCUGGUUCGGUACGAGUCGGAGCUCAUGGUAUUCGCACGAGAGCUGCAGCUGGAAGACCGACAGAGCCGACUCCAGCGGGAGCUUCGAGAGAGCAUGACGCUGGACGACCGGCUGAAGGGCGAGCGGGAGCUGGCGAGGGAGCGCGCCGUCCUGGAGGAGAUGCUGGAGGUGGUGGAGCGCAGGAGAGCUUUGGUGCCUCUGCUGGAGGAGCUGCGACUGCAAGGCCGCCGGCAAGACCGAAAGCUGCGGGCCGCCGUGCUCGGACAGGCCCGGGCCUGAGCCGGCGAGCGCUCGGUGCCCGAGCCCGAGGUCGACUUCGGGACGCGCCGGGUGACCGCGAGCGUUGCUCCUUCCUUCUCGAAGAAGAAGAAAAAGUUGCCACACCCCCGAUUUUGACCUCCCAACAAGCGAGCGGCGUGCUGAACGGCCCCCAAAGCGCCCAUCGGCCGCCUCUUCGCGAGGAGCCGCAACCCGCUUUGCCGGGUGAAAAAGAAUCCGGGCUGAAUCUGCGUUGUGAUCAUUGGCUGGUGAGCCGGAACGGCGCCGCCUCAAACGCAAGCGGGCUGGAAAGAGCGCGUCGACGGCUAUUGUUGUGAGCCGCUUGAUUUUGCGCAUUAAAAAGUCUCUCCCUCUCUCGUCGCUUGCCUGUGCAAAUCUUUUUGCAACACGUGCAGCGAGUUGCGCAUCGCCUCAAGUGGCCCCCCCCCCCCCAAAAAACAGGAACAUGCUCCUGGAAAUGA